GCCGACCUUGUCGAGUCCACCAGCGAGGGUGAGCACGAGAGCGACAGCCGUGGGGCGACGACGCCAGAGGCGAACUGUUCGGACUGCGAAGGCCUGCUCCCGUCCAAAGAGGAGGGGCCCAGCGAGGAAGAGAAGGAAGCUCUGCGGCUCUAUGAAGCCAAGUUUGCAGAGAACCGCGACGGAAGCUACAAAGGCUAUGAGAGGUGGCUUGGAUGGCACUUGCGUCCUGUACCGAAGGCUUUCCCAUGGUUCACACCACAGGCACGCGGAGAGGUGGCCCCGAAGGAAUUCCUGACGCGAGCCAUGGCCGAGAAGGAGGCGACGAAGCCGCGUCCGAAGAAGGAGUUUGAAGUGGAUUCCGACGGUGAGGAGGUGCAGCUCUGCAGCCAGUGUGGUCUGCCCAUGGGUGAGACAGCCUACAGGCCUGAGGAGAAGGCCUACAAACUGGUGCAUCCUGAAUGCAUGGCGCAGAUCGUGCUGGAGGAUGCGCAGAAGCAGGAUGAGAAGAACACGGAGGAACAGAGGCAGAAGAAGCUGGACAGCCGCCUUGAGUACCAGAUCGGUUGGCGCCCUGAGUCUGUGCCUUCCUGUGGCCCUGUAGCGGCCAAGCUGGGCUGCUCCCCAACGCCCAAGGGCCUCUGUUGCCUUGUUUAUGACGAGGCGUCCCGAAGUGUCCGCAUCGCGUCCACCCUGGAGCCCGCUGCCGCUGUGAACUUGGAGUACCUGAUGCUCGCUCUCAAGGUGCGCCGCACGGCCUGCCGCGAGCCUCUCUUCUCACUUGAUCCUGUUGAUCCACAGAAGCUGGAGACAACCCCGCAGCGCAAGCGGUAUGAGCCAGCUUGGUUGGCUGGUACCAGUGUCGGAGACAUCAUGUUCCAGGCGGACUACUUCCUGAAGGAACUGGCGCUGGGCGAGUACACGAUGCCCAUCGUCGGGAUGAUGAGCGUCUUCGAUUGGUCGGAGAUGACCGAUGCCAACAAGACCUGGGCCGGCCGAGAGUGGUUUGUGGUGAAGAAGGCGGAGAUCCGCCUGGCCGAGGACAAAACGCUGGUACCUUACGUGAAGAUGGGCGUCGAAGCACGCGAGCAGGUUGUCACCAGCAAGGGCUUGGAGGACAAGCCGAUCACCAGCAAGCACCACCCCCUCACCAGGUUCGCGGAGGCCUUCACGCGCCACUUCGACCUCAUCGCCGAGCGAAAGAGCGUGAUCUUCCACCUGCGCGAGCUGGCCAAGGCCUCGGUGAUGGCGAAGUUCCUUGUGGACUCCAAAAUCUCCCUGGAUGCACGCUGGUUCGAUCUCGCCGAGGACAUGGUCCAGUCUGCCACGCCAGAGGCCUUCUCAGAGAUUCCGCAGCUCUGGAACAUGAGGGGCAACUCGCGAAUCCAGCUCCAGGGCGGCAAGAUCCGGGACAUGCAGACCGGCCUGCAGAGCAACCUUCACGCCAUCUACGGCGGGGUUGAGUUUGGCCUGGACCGCUUCCAGCUGGCGCAGCGCACGGCCCUGCCGGGUGCGGCGCUGCCCAGCGUGAUGCCAGGGGCACCGCUGCCGGGAGCUGCCUUGGCCCAGCCUGGUCGCUUUGACAUCACAGGACUGCAGCUCGGACCUUCCGGUCGGCCUAUGUUCAUGCCGCAGCGCUUCCAGCUCACGCAGCGUGACCAGCCACAAGGUGUGGACCUCGCUCUGGACAAGUUCGACCUCUCCGCCCCCGAGCGCUUCGCCAACUCUCUGCCAGCCUGCAGUGCACAGUUCGACUCCAUGGAGGGCCGUGUCACUCUGGGGAAGGCGUUCUUGAAGAACCUCCAAGAGGACUCCUAUGAGAGCCUGAAGGCGGAGGAUGCCAAGCUGCUCCAGUGCGUCUUCAACCCCGUGAUGGCUGACAGGAUUGCCGAGGGGGACUCGUUCAUCCCUCCUGAUCCCAACCUGGACUACGUGCAGAAGCUUCGCCACCUCAUCCAGGAGGAGGAAAGCCUCACAAAGCAGAGGAAAGCGCGCUUCAGCGACAAGAACUUCACAGUUGGAAUGGCUGGCGCCGAGUUCCCCAGGUCGUGGACCUCGCGUUUCCAAAUCCUCCGGGAAGGAGGGAAAGCACAGGUGGUUGCCAGACCAGGCCUUACCACUUUGAAGGUGGACGAGAUCUUCACGCGCACCUUGCUCGAGGAUAUCUUGCCCACUGCCGCGCCGGAGUUUGCGCAGACCACCGAGGAUGGAACCAUCUUCCGUAUCUAUAAGAUUGGCCGCUUGGAGGUGCGUACCACGCAAGCAGCACAGGCCAGCACUCAGGAAGUGCUCUCCGUGUUCUCCCUGAGGCCGCCUUGCUUGGAGGGUGCCCGAGGCAGGCUGCAAAAAGUCUCACCGGACGAGAAGUUCGUGAAAGGCCGCCUCUAUGUCGAAGCCAUCGAUGGCGAGCACCGGGAGUGCGAGAAGCAGCUGCACCUCUGCCACUUCUACGUCGUCCUGGAGACUACAUCCAAUGUGAUUGUCACGGAAAAGCUUGCUGAUGGAUCCACGACUUGGGUGUUGAACCCCUCGCAGAUUGAGGAUCGCAACUCCCUCGCGAAGUUGCUGAUGGCAGUAGAUAUCCGGAUGGAGAAGGCUACGGUCGGAAAUCUGCAGGUCACACAGGAAAGCAACAACAUCAAGAGCGCAGCCAGGGCCACCGCUUCUGAGAGGAAGCGCUACGCCAAGGACAUCUUCGCGCUGGUCUCGCCGAGGAAUUUGAACCUCUCGAGCAGGCGCUUCGCCGGCCGCGCCUAUCCCUACCCGUCCAACUCCAAGCGCAGCAAGGAGUUCAGGACUCGUUGGGGAGCUCCGCUGCCCAUGCCCGAGUCGGAGGGCAAAGGAAACAACAGCCAUAGCUCUCUUGGCGCCGACUAG